UGUGAAAAAAAUUCAGAUUUUACCUGUUAUUAGUGAAAUCGGAGUAUUAUUUGUUAACUUGUACUACGACUAGGUUGCUUGUUUACAAAAUGCCAAAGGCUAAAAUAGCUUAUGUUCAGAACGACGAACCGGACUUCAUCAAGAAAUUCAAGCAGAAAGUCGGAUACAAAGAGGGCCCCACAGUUGACACCAAGAGGGAGAUCCCGAACUUUGAGGAUGACGGUGAUGAGGAUCGACCUGACAAUGACGAUGAGAAGCCGAUGAUAGUACAGCUACGGGAGGGUGAUCUAACGGCUGAGGAGGUGGAGGAACUGGAGAAGAGUCAAGAGCCUGCUGCAGAUGGGAAGAUCAAGUUCAAGAAGCCGGUGAAGAGAAGCGGGGAAGAAACAGAACUGAACACCUCAACAAAGAAAAAGAAGGAGCAGAAAGAGGAAGCAAAGAAGGAGGAGAAAGAAAAGAAAGACAGAAAGGAAAAGAAAAAGUCACGGAAGGCUGUUAAGAACUCAACGCUGUUGUCUUUUAAUGAGGAAGAAGAGGAUGCUACCUAGUGUCAUCUUAAUAGAGAGUGUUGACUAACUUUUAUUCCGCAUGAAAAUGUUGCCAUAAUGAACCUCUUGUGGGUAGAGACAGUUUGAUACAAUUGGUGAAAGCAGUGCUAUCUUAAAUGAUCAUACAGAGUCCUCCAUGCAAUAAUGAAAAUGGUAUAAAAAUCAUGUAAGGGUUUUUAAAUGGAGAAUUGUAACCUGUAUUAAUAUUUGCUGAAAUGAAAUCAUCUUAAAUAGUGGAGAAUUGUUGUUUACUUUUCACUCAAGAAAUGUCACUUUAAAAGUAACUCUUCUUUGAGAAUUAUGUAUUCUCAACAAAAUACCAGUGCGUAAUUUUGAAAAAGAUUAAUGUAUUAUAUUGAUCAUGCAGUCAUUGACAUUUUUUAUGAAAAAAUUACAUGAGUUAUUUUUUUUAUCCAGGUUGAUCAAGUCACAAAGUCGCAUAUUUAAUAACAAGACAGCAAUUAUAGCUGAUAAUUGUUUUUCAUUCAAUUUGUAAUUUAACAACAAAAAAUGAAUGAAUGAAAAAAAGUUUCAUUUUGAGUAUCAUUGUUGAAUAUUGAAUUUUAUUUUAGAAAUGUGUUAUAUGUUAAUAUUUAUACACUAAACAAAUAUUACGGUAUAUAUAAUUGUAAAUUAAGCAGUGUUAUUUCAUACAUACCAAAGAUUUGACCUUUUUCUUCUUGAGAUUAAUGACAAGAUUAAUGACAUUAUGAGAAAGGAUUAAAGUAAUGAACAUUUUUGUGACUGUUAUUUGUUUAUUUUUUCCAACACAUAUUAUUUAGAGAUCAUACAAUUAAGGUACAUGUGUGUCUCCCACUGGUGUUAUGAAUUGGACCCAGGUUCAAUACCUUGCACCCUGUAAUUAAGUGUGCACAUGUACACCUACAUGUAAAUAAGACCACAAUUUUGUUUGUUUGCUUUCUCCUAAAUCAGUGUUUUACGGGGGAUGUUUGAGAAUAAAAAGGUAAACCUUA